AGAGCCGCUGCCUCGCGCAAGACGCAUCAGAACCGGAGGAGGCGACUCUUCUCCUCUCCCCUCAGCUCAGUCCGAUCAGGUUUUGCCUCCAGCGUCAUGGCGGAAAGCUGAGGGCGGGAGUGCGCACCACGUGUGAUCAGCCCUCUCGCGCCCGGCGCGCUCGCCCGGAGUCCUCCCCGUACCCAUCAUGCAGCGCGCACACGUUCCGCCGCUCAGACUCUAUGACUUGCUCGCCGAGGAGGUGGAGGCGGGGCUGGAAGGAAGAUGGCGACACUGGUGCUAGAUAACGGCGCCUAUAAUGCCAAGAUCGGCUACAGCCACGCGCACGUCAGUGUUAUUCCCAACUGCCAGUUUAGAUCAAAAACAGCACGCUUGAAAACUUUUACAGCCAAUCAACUGGAUGAAAUUAAAGAUCCCUCUGGACUCUUUUACAUUCUGCCUUUUCAGAAGGGUUACUUGGUGAACUGGGAUGUUCAGAGACAAGUUUGGGAUUACCUUUUUGGGAAGGAAAUGUAUCAGGUGGACUUUGUAGAUACAAAUAUUAUUGUUACUGAACCUUAUUUUAACUUCAGUUCUAUACAAGACUCUAUGAAUGAAAUUUUAUUUGAAGAAUAUCAGUUUCAAGCAGUUCUUAGAGUAAAUGCUGGGGCUCUCAGUGCACAUAGAUAUUUUCGGGACAAUCCAUCCGAGCUAUGUUGUAUCAUUGUGGACAGUGGCUACUCCUUUACACAUAUUGUACCUUACUGCAGAAGUAAAAAGAAGAAAGAGGCAAUUAUUAGGAUUAAUGUUGGAGGAAAGCUCUUAACCAAUCAUCUAAAGGAGAUAAUCUCUUACAGGCAGCUACAUGUUAUGGAUGAAACUCAUGUAAUUAAUCAAGUGAAAGAAGAUGUAUGUUAUGUGUCUCAGGAUUUUUACAAGGAUAUGGAGAUUGCUAAGUUGAAAGGGGAAGAAAAUACAGUAAUGAUAGACUAUGUUUUGCCAGACUUCAGCACAAUCAAAAAAGGGUUUUGUAAGCCAAGGGAAGAAAUGGUGUUAAGUGGAAAAUACAAGACUGGGGAACAAAUACUUCGUCUAGCAAAUGAGAGAUUUGCUGUUCCAGAAAUUCUCUUCCAUCCUUCAGAUAUUGGCAUUCAAGAAAUGGGAAUUCCUGAAGCCAUUGUUUAUUCAAUUCAGAAUUUGCCUGAAGAAAUGCAACCUCACUUCUUCAAGAAUAUUGUACUGACUGGGGGAAAUACCCUUCUCCCAGGCUUCAGGAAUCGAGUCUACUCUGAAGUUCGAUGCCUCACUCCAACUGAUUAUGAUGUUUCUGUUGUUCUGCCAGAAAACCCUAUUACUUAUUCUUGGGAAGGUGGAAAGUUGAUUUCUGAAAAUGAUGAUUUUGAGGAUAUGGUAGUAACUAGAGAAGAUUAUGAAGAAAAUGGACACUGUAUUUGUGAAGAGAAAUUUGAUAUUUAAGAGGCACAUUUGGAGAUAAUGAUACUCCACUAUUUCACUUUGAAUGGAACUUAUUUGAACUACAAACUAUUUUGUGUAAAUUAGAACUGUGUUCUAACUUUCUUUCCUAUAACUAGGAAUGUACAAUGAAUUAGUGUAAAUAGCUUUAUUUUUAGAUUUUAAACUAGCACUGAAGACUGUUAUAUAUUGUGCUUUGUCAUUUUAUCUUAUUGUAUUCCAUCCUUACUAAUAUUUUUCAAUAAUUGUGUUUUUUUACUUCAAAACAGUGAAUUACACAUUAAUGGCAUGAAACAAAAAUAUUUGAAGAUUAGCGUAAAACAAUUGUAUAGAAGCAUUAGUCUAAACUUUAUUUUCUCUUCCAACAUGAAUGCUGUUGUCUUUUUACUGAAAUAGUAUGCAGAAUAAUUUGCAUCAAAUACUCUUUAACCUGGAGCUCAUUUCAACAUGUCCUGGGAGAAAAAAAAUUCUAUAAAAGGCUUACUCUGACUUCUUGUAAUUAUCUCA